UCGCUCGCUGUCUGUCGUUCUUCGUUUAGCAAGCAAAGCACUCUCGUUUCGCGGCUCCGGCAUUUUGCUUUUCCCAGAAGGCGUGUAAGUCCGAGAAAAAUCCAUUUUCCCAGCCGAUAAACAUCGCGGAAUUCUUUUAAACCGGUGUGAUUUUGUCAGUGAAUUCAAAACCAACAAUCAUAAUGGGCGUUCAGGUUAUUACUAUUGCUGAGGGCGACUGCUCAACCUACCCCAAGACUGGCCAGACUGCCGUGGUCCACUAUGUCGGAACCCUGGAAAAUGGAAAGGAAUUCGACUCGUCCCGUAAACGGGGCAAGCCGUUCACCUUCAAGAUCGGCAAGGGAGAGGUCAUCCGCGGCUGGGAUGAGGGUGUUGCUCAGAUGUCCGUCGGACAGCGCGCCAAGUUGAUUUGCUCGCCGGACUAUGCCUACGGAUCCCGUGGACACCCGGGAGUCAUCCCACCCAAUGCUACCCUGAACUUCGACGUCGAACUCUUGAGGGUAGAAUAAAAAGGUUUCACCAGCUGCUCUUUGCCCCCACAUUAACCAACAACAACCAACAGAAGAAGAAAAAACUCCAAAUAACAGCAACACACAUAUGGCAAACAACUAGGAAAUAGGAACAGAAACAACAUUACUACUGAAACAAAAACCACAAAACAGUUGAAAAUAUAGAAGCAAUCCUCCGAUUCGGGUCUGCAACAGGUUACGCCUCCGGUAAAAUAAUAUUAAUGUCACAUUUGCAAACAAAAAAGAACAAUUGUGUAGCUUUAGAAAUGUUAUCUGAAGAAAUAGCACUCCUCGGUCAGAACACGAGGACUUUAUUAUUCAUCGAUUUAAACGUUUCUAGAAUAGGUUUCUACAGAAAAAAAGCACCCGUUUCAACAGACUCUAUCGAUCGAUAUAGACUUUCCAACCGAAUUUCUACCGGCCCAGAGAGAGAGAGACAAUUUAUAUGGAGCCCGGAGACAAACAAAUCAGCAAACGAUGCAUUUAUAUUGGAACACUAUUACAUUUUUGCUCUUCUCGCGCCACAGAACAAAACUAUACUAGAAUGGACUGUUUUUUCCAAUCACACUAUUCUGAAAAAUUCCAUUUUUGACAAACUUUGGUAGUUGGAUACAAGUUUUAAAAAAACUAGUGAAUCAUGAAAACCACAUCUUCCUCCUAUGUAGUGUUCUUAGUACAAUCAUUAUGAGAAACAGUAUUUCAAAAGAAAAUUAGAGUUGAAAGCUUAAAAAACUACAUUAAAACUUAAAACAAAGGUUAUCGAAAUCAUUUGCUCCGGUAGCAAUGAAAGUUUUUCUGCUAUAGAGAGAUAGGUAGUUGGUUUGGUUUGUGCUUGAUUGAUUCAAACAACUCGGUUCAACAGCUAGUUUUAAAGAGUUUUCUCGGUGGAAGUUUGAAAAUAAAAUAAAAUUAUGUAACAUCUAACCGCGCAGAACCACGACGUGAAAUGUGUUUUUUUUUUCAAAAUUUCUACAUUUUUAGACGUACACCACCCAAUCAAAUACAAAAGCCCCCUGAUCAUAUAACACAAGGUUUAACACAUUACCCAAUAAUCCAGUAUAUUAUCCAAAUCAAAUAAUAACUUCAAAAUAAAAUCAGUAAUCAAAACUUGAA